CGUGUUCCUUUCGCUCCGUGGUAGAUGAAGGCUGUCUUCCUCCUCGGUGUGGCCGCGAUGGUCUCCGCCGCCGGUUUCGGCGGACACGGCGGCCAUGUCGUCGUGAGUCACGGUGGCGGAGGAGGCGGGUAUGGCGGUGGUUUCUCUCACGGCGGCGGCAGGUACGGCACUUCUGUGGUGGGCGCGCGCCGCGUGGUUGGCGCCAGAACUAUUGGUGGCUACGGCGGAGGCAGAGGAGGAGGCGGCGUGAUUGUCGGCGGCGGGCAAGGCGGCGGGCAAGGCGGCGGGCGCGGCCAGGUGGACUUCACCUAUGGAUACAGUGACUACCACUUUUCCUGGGUGCACGACUACGGCAGGAAGUACGACUGCUACACUGCCCGGAACUACUGCAGAAAUCUGGGCUACGGCUGGCACGGCGUCAGCAUCGAGUCCCGGGAGGAAGACUCCAUUAUAGAUAGUAUCUUGUACAGAUACCAGCUGCCGUAUAUCUGGGUCGGCGGCCACAGGCAAGGAUACAAUUGGGUCUGGGAAUCCGGGAACCCAUUCUAUGGCCUCGACUGGUCCACGACUGGCGGCAACGGCUACCCUCAGCCAGAUGACCGUGAGGGCAACGAGGUUUGCUUGGCCGUGCUCAACAACUUCUACAAUGACGGCAUCGUGUGGCAUGACAUCGCCCCGCACCACGAGAAGCCCAUCAUCUGCGAGCGCCCCUCCCGUGGUCACGGCGGCGGUUACGGAGGUGGCUCCGGCGGGUUUGGCGGCCGCGGUGGGGUCACUGUUGUUAGCGGCGGCGGCGGCGGCGGCGGCGGCGGUGGCUACGGAGGUGGUCGCGGUGGCGUCACUGUGGUUAGCGGCGGAGGGGGCGGCUACGGCGGCGGUAGGCGUUAUGGCUACGGUCACUAAAAAGUCCUAUUUAUGUACGAGGUGAUUCCCUCUGUGUCCUGGUGAAUAAAUUAUUGACUAUUUA